AUGAAAGAAAGCGCCGGCAAGGACGAGACAGAGAUGGUCCACAGACCAGGUUUCAUCUGGAAGAAGCCGCGCAAGUGGUCUGAACCCACACGUCCAAAAAGAGGCAAGUCAUCCACCACAUCACAUCGAAAAUCGCGACGAGGGUGGAGGGACCAGCUUAGAAGACCAAGCAAAGACACAGAUGCCGGUCUGACCGGACAAAGGGUCGCUGGACAAAAGGUCGCUGGACACAAGAUCGAGAGCGAGACCGGCGACGUUCAACCAAGAAAAUGCCGACAAGUAGCAGGUCACGAUGCGAGUUCUUGGUCAAAAACAGCAUCACCGCAUUGCACAGCAGAGCGCGACAAGCAGAGCAUACCAGCCAAAAGGGAAGGCAACGAUGGCCCCUUGUUCCCGCUCGAAGACAGCGAGCCCAUGGUCAACCUAUCUGCAAAGCGGUACACGGUACUAGACUUGCCAGCUGCCAGCUCUUCAGUUAGCCGCGAUGAUGAUGUUCAACCAGAUCACGCCUGGUCUGUGCCUCGUUUUUGA